CAUCACCUUCAGAUUUAUGUUUUCGUCGCAACAAGGCAUCUAGCGACAGUGGAAAGUGUGUUGAAUUUUCUGUUCGACUUUUACUUCUCCAAAUCGAGCCGGCCCAUGAUUAACAGUGUUUCCGGUUUACUGGAAAUCAAAGUUAGAAAACAACAUAAUUCACCAAUGCUAAUGUACUAAUGUGUCAUAGUCUGAAAGUGAAAAUAGUUAUGCGCACUGAUUACCACUGACGUAGUAAAACCCCUAAAUAACGAAAAUACUAGUUUAAGCAGAACUCACCGUCAAGAAAAUAAAAAUUUGAAUAAUGUAGAUUACGUUGAGGAUCAAGGAACUUGAGAUUAGCACGAAUUGUAUAACAAAUGUAAUGUCCUACACUUCGGCUGCCUGUUAGGAAAUGUCACAGAAAAAUUUUGUCAUAAAGAUCAAUUAACUGAUGGCAACACUGUGUCAUAAACUGAUGUGUUGGAAAUUUCAAAUGUGUACAUAUACAGCUACAUCACAAGUUUUCGACGGCGGAGCGAUAUUUACAAAUUCGAUGAUAAUGUUUACUACUACAGCGAACAGUGGCUGGACCUCAACCAGACGCACGUAGACGUACUGGAUGUGUUGUGUUGACUGACAGAGGCCAUCUUUCGACAAAUGUUGUAUUAAGUGCUCUAAAAGCUGGAUUGUGUAGUUUGUGUUGCCCAGAUAGUCUACAAAGAAGAAACAGAAGGACAAGAUAAGUGUGUGGAAAAUCUAAACUUCUGAAAAAAAUAGUGUAACAAAUAAAACCAGGAGGCUCUCAUUUUCCGUAGUUCGUAGGUCUGGUACGGUGGCCAAGCGGCAUUAAAGGGCACCAUAGUAACCCGCGGCUGCGGAAUACAACCAAUUUCCGGAGGGGAGUGUCCUAAAGCCAAUGAUUAAAUGGAUGCAACAUCCAUCAUUACGCAGGUUUCGCGCGAUGACGAGCAACAACUCAACAGCAGCUACCCAGGCGAAAAAGUAAACAAUGUAGAUAGGCUAAAACCUCCCAAACGAGGCUUCUUUGAAACGAUCUUCUGUUGUUGGCGGAAUGCGAGGACGAAAAGUAAUCAGAAUGGCACCCCAAUCGACGGUUCGAUCACGCCCCCUCCGAUACAAGGCCAGCCGCGAUUUUUGCUGCCCCAAAUACGACAUGCCGAUAUGCAUAAAAAGUGCAUGGUGAUAGACUUAGAUGAAACGUUAGUGCAUAGCAGUUUUAAGCCAAUUCCAAACGCGGAUUUCAUAGUGCCAGUAGAGAUCGACGGAACCGUGCAUCAGGUGUAUGUCCUGAAACGACCGCACGUCGAUGAGUUCCUGAAAAAGAUGGGCGAACUGUACGAGUGUGUGCUGUUUACAGCGUCACUGGCCAAGUACGCCGACCCGGUGGCGGACCUGUUGGAUCAGUGGAACGUGUUUCGGGCGCGAUUAUUCCGCGAAUCGUGCGUUUAUCACAUGGGGAACUAUGUGAAGGAUCUGAACAAAUUAGGGAGAGAUUUACAAAAGAUAGUUAUUGUUGACAAUUCACCUGCUAGUUAUAUUUUCCAUCCGGACAAUGCUGUGCCAGUGAAAUCGUGGUUCGACGAUGUAAGCGAUUCGGAGCUGUUAGAUCUAAUACCGCUGUUCGAGAAGCUAAGCAAAGUGGACUCUGUAUAUACUGUAUUAUGCAAUUCCAGCUCACAGUCCCAGCUGCAGUCGCUGUCUCAACAGCACUUGCUCAGCCAGCAGCAAUCGCCACAGAAUCAGCUGAGCUCGACCGAUGCUAACAACACGUAACAUUGGCAACAAAUGUUUAUCAAUAUUGUAUGAUUAAUGCAAACAGUUUUUAUCAGUUGUUUAUUUUUUCCUUUUUAAAUCGUUUUAAAUUAACUAGAAGUUCUAGUUUAUUAAACUUAUGAAAUCCUUAGGCAUGCAUGGAUUGUAAUGAGAAACUUAGAUUAUACAAUACACACACCACAAUCAUAACAAAUACACAGAGCGAUAAUUCGAAUCGGGAAACUAAUUUAUACACACGAAAAUAAUUGUAUAUUGCUUUUGAGAUAUAAAAAAUAUUUGUUAUUUAUACUAAAACCAACAAAAAACACGACUUUAGUAAAUAUGCAUGUAAAUCGAAUUACGCUUUCAACUAGGUACAGUUUUACGGCGUCUUACUCCUUACUGUCUUUCGUGGGAUUAUCUAAUUCAUUAACAGGAACGGUUACUAUAAUUCUUACAAUUUGAUGCCCAUAUAAUCGACCAACCGCGAACCAUCUCGCAUUGUAGACAAAUGAAGAAUCAUGUGUGUUCAACGUUCCUAGGGAUCGGAUAAAUUAGGGACUCAAUGUAUAUCAUCGUACAUAUCACCACAACUUAUCCAAGCAUAAUCAAAGUGGCGAAACGAUCAAAUCGACUGUAGGAAAAUUGAAUACAAUGGGAGAUGGUUUCAUCAGUAUGUUAUGGACCAAGUCUGGUUGUUGGCAUUGAACGGUGGUCACAAGUUAUUUGAAAAAGAAAACGUGACCAAGUAAAAUUCUCUUUUGAUAGGCUGAAGUUAACCUCCUUCGGUAGUCUUUCAAUUAGGAUAAACUGGCGUACACUUAAAUUGUAUUGAAAUUAUUCGAUUGACGUAUUACUUCUUGAAAAUCAUGUCUCGCAGUCUCGCAACCAAUAUUUAAAUGCAUCGGGAACAACAGAAACGACCUUAGUGAAAAUUCUCCACCGCGGCGUUAGUGACUUUCUGACGUGAGCCGAAUUUAAUUUUGAUUGGGCAUCUUUUGAAGUUUGAGAAUAGAUAACAGGGAGCCAAAUCGGACGAAUGAGGUGGAUGGGAAAGCAGUCGUCUUGUAAACAUAGUUAUAUUUUCUCGUCAUGUGAAGCCGCUCCGCAGCGAUUUCAGUCUUCAAUCAUUACAAUAAUAUGCAGUAUUACUCGCUAUUGAUGAUUUUCGGGGCACUCCACGGAAAGUAUCAUCGACAAUCUCAGAAAACCGACACAAUGACCUUUCCGUCCCAUUGAGCUACUCUAGGUCGAGUCAGAGCACGGCUUUCUCAUUUACCAAUCGAUAUCCAAUUCCGCAACAGCACGGCAGAACCCGAUUCCGAAGUGCGCUCGCGUUCAUGUUUUUUUUUGCGCGGCACCUAGCGACAGGAUAUACUUUUUAU